AGAAGAAAUCUGCAUAUGUUUUUGAUGAGAGACUUCAGAGUCGAUUCAGUCACAUGUCAUCAAACUGAGUAUGAGAUAGAGGGUGAAUGCUGUCCUAUGUGUCCUCCUGGCACUCGAGUCAAAACUCACUGUACAGAAUUUAAAAGUACAUCCUGUCAGAAAUGCUCAGAUGGGACUUAUAUGGACCUGCAAAAUGGACUAAGGAGUUGUUCUCUAUGCUCUACCUGUGGUUCAGGAGCUGGUCUGAAGGUAAAGCGAGGAUGUGAAAUAACUGCUGACACAGUUUGUGAACCAAUGGAGGGAUUCUACUGUACAGACCUUAAAUCAGGAAGCUGUGCUGCAGCACAGAAACACAGGAGAUGUGAACCAGGACAGUUCAUCAGCAGGAUGGGAACAGCCUCCACAGACUCAGAAUGCUCUGAAUGCAGCAGUGGAUCAUUUUCURAUGGAACAAUGUUGUYAUGUCAGCUUCACACACA